UGGCUGCACUCGACGCGAGUUAGUUGCGGUUUAAGCGGCGAACGGUGCGGAUCUAUCAAGCGGUACGAGAAAAACGAUCACCUGCCAGCCGCCAGUGGAAAACCCUGCAAUCAAGGCAAAAUUGUUUGGUCAAAAUCAACAACAACUUCCGCAAAACGAUUCCAAUAAUUCCUCGCCCAAAAGAAAAAAAAAGUUCAAUAAAAGACAAUUACCACUAAAAUAGGAGGGAAAAGAGACGGCCACAAUAGAAAGAAAAACAAUAACCGCAAAUUAAAUAUACGUAAACCAUAAUUAUGACAAAAUGAGUUUGUCGACAGCAGCAACAGAAGCAGCAGCCACAACAAAAGCAACAAAGAGCAGAUUCUACAGCAUGCGGGCGGCUAACAGAGUGCUAACAGUGCUGUUGGUGUAUGCCUUAACAGUGCUUUUACAGUUUGUUAGUAAUGCCAGCGGCCUGAAAACUGUAAAUACUACAGAAGGCUUCCAAACUGUAAAUGCUUCAGCAGGAGAUACUUUCUGUUUGUAUCAAGAGCACAAUACCACCUACCGCAGAGAGCUGGGGGCCGUGUGGUUUGCCUCUCAGGAUCCCUGUCUGGUGUACUCCUGUGCGGCGGGAGUGGCCAAGGAUCCGCAGGCCCAUAUUGUGGUCACCCAAGUGGAUUGCAGUGAGUUCUACUGCGAAGUGGGUUCGGAGCUACGCGAAACCGAUGGCAGCUGUUGUGGCGAGUGCGUGCGCACCCACUGCCAGCACAAUAAUACCCUGUAUGCGGUGGGCGAGUCCUGGCACAACGAUGCCGACUGCACGCUGCUCGAGUGCGGUCGCCUGGACAGUGGCCAGAUCAUUGUCAACACCUAUCAGCGCACCUGUCCGCCGCUGGAGGAGGAGUGUCCUGCCUCCAGGCUGGAGCUCAGGAACUGCUGCCCCUUCUGUCGACCCCUGAAAUCGGUUCGUGUGGAGCAGCUGGACGAAGGGGAUGACACGGAUGACACUUGGACAGCCGAAUGGUACCGCAUGCAUCCCUGUCGCCGCGACUGUCAGGCGGGAGCCGAACCCCUCACCUGUCGCUACACUUUUGUUGUGGAAUGGUAUCAGACCUUUGCGAAAGCCUGCUUUGAUUGUCCCCUCAACCUGACGGACUGCUCGCGGCCCCACUGUGUCAUGGGGGAUGGCCUGGAGCGGGGCAUCACUGUCGUGAAUCGCAUGAUGCCCGGUCCCGCGAUAGAGGUCUGCGAGGGCGAUCAGAUCGUUGUGGAUGUGAAGAACAGUCUGCUCGGCGAGAGCACCUCCAUCCACUGGCACGGACUGCACCAGAAAGACAGUCCGUAUAUGGACGGAGUGCCGCACAUCACCCAGUGCCCCAUCACGCCACAUGCCACAUUUCGCUAUAGUUUUCCCGCGGAUCUGUCGGGCACCCAUUUUUGGCACUCGCACACGGGCAUGCAGCGGGGCGAUGGGGUUUUUGGAGCUCUGAUCAUCAGAAAACCCAAGAGUGCCGAGCCACAUGGUCGACUGUACGACCUGGAUCUCAGCGAACAUGUGAUGAUUGUCCAGGACUGGAUCCACGAGCCGGGGGCCAGCAUCUUUGCGAGUCAUCAUCACUCGCGAGGAGACAACAAGCCCCACAAUCUGUUGAUAAAUGGCAGGGGACGGUACUACAAUCGGAUCUGGGCGGAGGCCAAGAAGGAUCACCAAUUAGCCAGAGGAAAAAUGAGCACGAAACCACUGAACCCGCUGCCCAAAUCAGAGGUGGAUGUAAUCCAAACACUGCCACGUUCUGCGCGUCUGGCAAAGAGCAACACCACGCGACUUUUUCCGGUGCCCAAUCCAGAGAAACUCUCGCGGCAGAAGCGUGGCAACCUCAACGAGAUCCCCCUGGAACUGGUGCCCCAUCAAGUGUACAAUGUGCAGAGAGGCUUUCGGUAUCGCUUCAGGAUCAUCAAUGCGGAGUAUCUCAAUUGUCCCAUUGUCGUGUCUGUGGACAAGCACAAUCUCACAGCCAUCAAUUCCGAUGGCUUCGAUAUCGAGGCCAUGGAGGUGGGUUCCAUUGUGACCUAUGCCGGAGAGCGCUUCGAUUUCGUGCUGAAUGCCAACCAGGAGGUCGGCAACUAUUGGGUGCGGCUCAAGGGGCUGAUGGACUGCAGCGAGGUCUUUACCUCCGCCUUCCAGGUGGCUAUCCUGCGGUACGAGGGCGCCCCCGAUGAGGAGCCCACCGCGGAGCUUAGCUACGCCCACAAGGCGGAGGGCAUCGAACUGAAUGUGAUGAACCGCGGUCCGGGAUACCCCGAUACCAAGACAGUGGCCGAGAUGAGAGCUCUGCCCAUUUACGAUCAAGUGCCAGGCAUCGAUCAUGAUACCCUCGAACCGGAGGCAGACUUCAAGUUCUUUGUUUACUACGAUUUCUAUGCCAAGAACAAUCCGGAGUUCCACGACAAGGAUCUGUAUGCCAUGGACAUGAACAUGACCCAAUCGAAUCGACUGUACACGCCGCAACUGAAUCACAUUACCCUGAAGUUCCCGUCGCUGGCGCUGUUGCCAUCCCGCAAGCAAUUGAGCGACUCGGACUUCUGCAACGAAACGAGUCUCGAGCAGCAGGGCAUCGACUGCAGGACAGAGUUCUGCAAGUGCCACCACGUGUUGCAAGUGCCCCUGAAUGCAGUCGUGGAGCUGAUCAUCGUGGAUGAGGGUUUUCAGUACUAUGCGAAUCAUCCUUUCCAUCUGCAUGGCAAUGCCUUCCGAGUCCUGGCUCUGGAGAGAUUGGGCGAGAACGUCACCAUUGAAAUGAUCAAAUCUCUUGAUCGUUUCAAUUUGCUGAAGCGGAACUUUGUGAAUCCUCCCGUCAAGGAUACGGUGACCAUUCCGGACGGAGGCUAUACCAUCAUCCGCUUUGAGGCCUACAAUCCUGGCUAUUGGCUCUUCCACUGUCACAUCGAGUUCCAUGCGGAGAUCGGCAUGGCUCUGGUCUUCAAGGUGGGAGACGAUGAUCAAAUGGUACCCGUGCCAGAUCACUUUCCCACCUGCGGGGACUACAAUCCGGACUUGCGAUCCGAUGGGGAGGGAACCACUGAGGGCACAAGCAGACCCCCAACAGCAGCUCCUCAGGAUACCGAUGGAGGAGUAAAGGGACUGGCAGCCAACUCUAAGAUGAUGGCUUUGAUCUUCAGUUUACUUCUCCUGAGAUUUGGGCACUGAGAAGUGGUUCUGACACGGAGGUCAACCCCCAUACUUGCCAAGCGAAAUUCAGAGAUUAUUUAUUCGGAGGAGCAGCAUUAAUCUUAAUCAAUUUGAGAUCAUUUGUAAAUAUUUUCCAUAGUCGUAUCGUUGCCUCAUUGUAGCAUCUAAACAUCUGUGAUUGUCUAAGAAAAUACUUAUUGUUUAUUAAGCACAAAAAUUCUAUAAAAAAUUGUAUAAGAAAUAGAAAAAGUGCAAACAUUUAAAAGCCUUUUCUCUAUUUUUAGAGAUGUAUACUUUCAAGGAUCGUUUACAAAAUUUAUUCCUAAGAUUUCAUGACCCCUUCAUUGUGUAAAUCCUUUCAUAGUGCGUUCCUAAUGUUUCAGAUAGAGGAUCGUGUAGAAUAGAACACAAAAAUAUACCUGAAAAUAUGAUGAAACUUUCCCCAAA